AUUUCUUGAUUGGUUUUAUAUCAAUGAAUUGUUACCUUACUUUUUAAUUCACUCUAAUCAAUAUCAACUUCCAUCAACAAUUAACCAUGGAGGACUUUUAAUUUCACCAACAGCAACAACAGAUUAUGGUGAGUUAAGCUUAAACAAUUUAACUUAUUAAAUGAAUUUAUCAAGACGAUAAACCGAUUGAAAGAAACGAAAAGGAUUAAAAUGUGUUCGCUAUGCCCUUAGGCCAAUUUUAGAAAAGGUAAGGACUGACCAAUGGUUUUCGUCCAUUUUUCUGAAGAUUUCCCGUAUAUAAAAAAGGCCAGAAGACUAACUGAUCAUUUCGAAUUUCGAUUCUCAUUGACCUCUUUCAAAUUCUUGAAUAUUAAUUCUAAGUCUUAAUCGUUAAUUACUCGAUUCUUGUCCAACUUUUCUCUUCAUCUAACAAUUUGAUUUCGAUUCUAAAUUUUUAAAUUGUUGUUUCUCAACGUGAUUUAUAAAAUGUCCGGUUUUGAAUACGAAAAUCUUUCUCUUGAACCGAUUAAUGGUUCGAAUCGCCAAAUAAUCAAUGAUUUCGUGAGGCGAUGUAGAUCCAACAAUUUAGAAGGUGUUUUCAUACCUCAUGAACUUCAGCAGCCCAUUUUGGACGCUCUGACCAUCGAUGAUGUUUCGAUUUCCAUUGAAGCUUUAGAUCAUCUGUUGAGUGGCGGUGGAUGUAAAUCGUUAAACUUGUCGAAACAUCAUUUCGAAAGUGAAUCAACAGCUGAGUUCUCUCAAGUUCUUACUCGUGCUCUUAAUCAUUUGGAAAAACUCAACAUCAUUAACCAUAAAUAUCAAUACUGUACACCGAAUUGUCCAAUUAGUGAAUUCUUUCUCAACUUGUUGGAUAAAAAUGCCGUUCCUGUGAAUCUCAAGUGUCUCGAGAUCUGUUGUGUCCAAACAGCGACUGAGAUAAUGUCUAUUCUUAAGUAUUGUCCAUCUUUGAAUAAACUCAAGAUACGGAACAUUACUUUGGAUUAUGAUCAAUUAUCACUAGUCAAUAGUCAACUGCAUGAAGAUCAAUUCACUAAGAUCCAGCGCUCGCUCACUCAUCUGGACAUUAACUCUGAUAAAAUUCCAUUCGAAGAUGAUGAUGAAUAUGAAAACGAUAUCAUGGAAUUGGAAGUUCUUUGUGAAUUCAUCACUUUGUUCAAAGAAUUACAAUUUCUCAACUUCAACUCUUUCUUCGAGCCGAUACUUGACUUCAUGAGGAGAAGCAGUGAACUCAAUCUCGAUGAUUCGUUCACCGACUUAAGUGUCGUCAUCAAUUUCGAAAACUUUUUGGAAAAUUUAAACGGAAUCGGUUUGAAUUUCAUCGAAUGCAAAAAUUAUAAUUUGUACCGAUUGGCUCAAAUGGCUCCGAAUAUCAAAGAACUAAAGAUCAAAACACUUGGACAAAUUUCUCUUCUCGUAAUAGAAAAGUUCGAAUGUCUUAAAGAACUUUCAGUCGAGCCCCUGUGCAGUUUCAACGAUGAACUUCCAACAAUCAUCGCCGAUUUCCAAAGUCUAAUUCCUGCUCUAACUCAACGCGGUCCCAAUAUUACUCAUCUUACCUUAAUGAAUGUUGACGACAUUGAUCUCAAUAAAGUCGCUGCUUUGUGUCCAAAUCUGAUUCAUUUGGAACUCGAUCUCAAUGGUUACCCGACACCAGUUAAACUCUUAAAAAUUUCGAAAAAGCGAAAAAGAGAAAAUUUCACCAAAUUGCGAAAACUUCACCUGAAAAGUUCUGGAGUCGAUUUACUAAAUUAUCUUUUUUUCGCCCUGAAAAGUGCUCUCCAAUUAACUACUCUUCAAAUCGAGUCCAAUCAUGGAAAUGAUGUAGAUGAAUAUUUGUCAACUAUUCUCAAAUACAAUCCAUUAACUAAUUUGGAAUAUUUUCGACUAAUUUCCGGUUCCAGUGUCAUCGAUUCUUAUGAAAUCAGAAAACUUUUCUCGACACCAGAACAAUUCCCUCAUCUUCGAUACUUUAACAUCAAAUUCAUCGACCCUUGUCUCGAAUGUGGUCGAACUCAUGAAGUGGGCGAGCCAGAACACUGUGAAUGUCCGUUCAAUGGCUACGACGAGAAUUGUCCCAAUCAUAUUUAUUUGGAUCCUGAAGUUCAUCGAGUUCAACUUUAAAUCCAUCCAACAAUUAAACUCUAAUCAUUCCAUUCUUAACUCUCUCAAUCCUUUUUCUCUCUAGUUGUAAAUCUUUCUUUUUUGUAUUAUUCUGUAAUAAUUAUUCCAAACCUUUAAUCUUGUAUUAUUUUGCAUCUUUUUCCUGUGACUUUGAUUAAAAUUCAAUUAAUCUAA